CACUUUUCGUUUUAAAAUCCUUGCUUCUGCGUAUGUGUUCUUCAGCUGCUUGUUUGCCAUUCCAGGAAUCUUGCGAUCUUUCAUCUCUGAGACCACCCACAAACAAUAUCAAGACUUGCGUAAGGCCCAAGGGCUGAAAGGAAGAUCAUUCCCACUAUAGGUGCACCUUGAACUGUAGUGUUGUACUUUAAUUUCUUGUUUGAUUUACUCAUAUGUGAUGAAAAAAAAAAUCCAGAGAGGAAUAAGAAAUGACAACAGAAAAAAUAAAACCCCAUUGCUCCAAGAUGUCUUUGAAAUGGACUUCACUUGUUCUUCUGAUACAACUAAUAUGUUUUCUUGCUCCUGGAAAUUGUGGGAAGCUGCUAAUGUUGCCUAUGGAAUACAGCCAUUGGAUCAAUGUCAAAGUAAUCCUGGAAGAGAUCGUGCAGAGAGGUCAUGAGGUGACUGUUCUGGCAUCAUCUGCUUCCAUUCAUGUGGAUUCUGGCAAGGCAUCUGCUUUUAAAUUUGAGGUUUAUUCUUCAUCUUUGGAUAAAAGUGACCAUGAAAAUGUUUUCAAAUAUUGGAUCAAUGAAUGGAUAUAUGAACUUCCAAAAUAUUCAUUUUGGAAAGCCUAUUCAGAAAUGCAAAAAACAUUCAUGCAUUUUUCAGAUGUUAAUGAAAUGCUCUGCAAAGAUGUAGUGUUCAACAAGAAACUUAUGACAAAACUACAAGAAUCGAAGUUUGAUGCCCUUCUGGCAGACCCUGUGGUUCCCUGUGGAGAACUGCUGGCUGAGCUACUCAAUAUUCCUUUUGUGUACACUCUCCACUUCUUCCCUGGCUACACAUAUGAGAAAUACUGUGGAGGGAUUCCAGUCCCUCCUUCCUAUGUGCCCGUUCCUAUAUCAGGACUCACUGAUCAAAUGACAUUCAUGGAGAGAGUAAAAAACAUGAUAUUGGUGACAUUUUUUGACUUUGGAUUAGAAAUAUUUAAUGAGAAGAAGUGGAAUCAGUUUUAUAGUGAAGUUCUGGGGAGACCCACUACAAUAUUUGAAGCAAUGAGGAAAGCUGACAUAUGGCUCAUUCGAACCUAUUGGGAUAUUGAAUUUCCUCGCCCACUCUUACCAAAUUUUGAAUUUAUUGGAGGAUUCCACUGCAAACCUGCCAAACCUCUGCCUAAGGAAAUGGAAGAUUUUGUCCAGAGUUCUGGAGAGGAUGGUGUGGUGGUGUUUUCUCUGGGUUCAAUGGUCAGUAACUUAACAGAAGAAAGAGCCAACACAAUUGCAUCAGCUCUUGCACAGAUUCCACAAAAGGUUCUAUGGAGAUAUGAGGGCAAGAAACCAGAUACCCUAGGAUCCAACACUCGGUUGUACAAGUGGCUCCCCCAGAAUGACCUUCUUGGUCAUCCCAAAACCAAGGCUUUCAUAACUCAUGGUGGAACCAAUGGUGUCUAUGAGGCCAUCUACCAUGGAGUCCCAAUGGUGGGCAUCCCUUUGUUUGCCGAUCAACCUCAUAACAUUGAUCAAAUGAAAGCCAAGGGAGCAGCCAUAGGAUUGAACUUUAUCACAUUGUCAAGUAAAGAUCUUCUUGAUGCCUUGAAGACAGUCAUUAAUGACCCUGUCUAUAAGCAGAAUGUAAUGAAGUUAUCAAGAAUUCACCAUGAUCAGCCAGUGAAGCCUCUGGAUCGAGCUGUCUUCUGGAUUGAGUUUGUCAUGCGCCACAAAGGAGCUAAACACCUUCGCCCGGCUGUCCAUGACCUCAACUGGUUCCAGUACCACUCUCUGGAUGUGAUUGGCUUUCUGCUGGCCUGUGUGGCAACUACCAUCUUCAUCUUCACAAGAUGUUGCCUCUUUUGUUGCCGGAAGUUUACUAAAAGUGGAAGAAAGAAGAAAGAGGACUAAUUGUGCCUACUCCUGAAGCCAAAAGUCCUGUGAAUGCCAGCAAGAAGUUGCCUUUUCCAGAUGAUUACAACUUCCUUUGCCACCUCAAAUAUUGCUUGCCAUUAUUUACCUUUUGUUUAAGACCUGACUAUUUCAGUCCAAGUGAAAAGUGCUAAGAAAACCAAAAUGAGGGGCUGGGAAGGUGGCUCAGUGGUAGAGCGCUUGCCUUGCAUGCCUGAGGCCCUGGGUUCCAUUCC